UUUACAGAGCAACGUGGGUUCCGUGACAACACUUUUAUGGCAGGAUAGCGGCUAAAAACUCAGAUCAUUCCUGUUUGUUUUUCCUCUCCUAUUUUUACUGAAAUGGGUAAAAAGCGGCGCAGCGACGUGUCGGCGGAGUCGGACACUCCGCGCAAAAAAGAAACGGUUCCGGAGUUCAACGGGACUGUUUUUAAAGCCAUGCUGAAGGACCCGACCACAGCCAUGAAGGGACUGGAGAAGUUCAUAUCGACCGCUAAGAAGCUGCCACGGUCCGAUCUGUAUGAUGUUGUUGAAGGUUAUAUUAAAAUCUCCAUGGAGUGUGCAGAGAUCUUCAAAUUGCUAGAGGGAGAAAAGCACGCAGAGACUGAGAUGAUGCUGAUUUUUGAGAGCCUGGAGGCAAUCCUCUUAAGGACAGCCAGUGACCUCUCCAACUUCAGCAUGGUCGGCAAUGCAAUUGUGAAGAAGACUGUUUUUAGCUACAUGAAACUCCUGCAGGGGUCUUUCCGUUCCGUAAACUACAGGUUUAUCCGUCAGUGUCUUGGUCUUCUGUCCGCCUUGGUCGCCCAGGGUCCAGAAGCUGCCAGAGAGGUCCUGAGUCACCUUCACAUUAAUAAAUUUGUGUCUGGUCUGGCAAAGAUGAAGGAUAAGCAGGGUAGACCUGAUGUCCGCCAGGCUUUUAUCCAGUUUGUCCUCUCCUUCUUGGUGUCUGGAGAUAAUGCAACAGUUGGGCAAAUAUUAGAAAUCAAAGAACUCCUGCCGGUGAUCCUGAAUACAGGUCUGAAGGAGGACAGGAUGUCCACAGUCAGUCUGAUUUUGUCCACAUUGAAAACUAAAGUUGUUCUAAACAAGGCCAUUAGUAAAACACAGAAAGUACGUUUUUUCACACCUGCUGUGUUGGCCAGCAUCGCCUCGCUGUAUAAAUGGGACGGGAUUGUGGAUGUGAGAGUGGAUGGUGACAGGAUGCUGGAAAACUCUCGGCUUGCUGAGACGGCGGUCAUCCGGGAGCUUGUCCACAGUUUCCUUCUUGACCUGUGUUGUUCCCGUAAGCAUGGUGUCAGCUUCCAUGAUGCCAGCUUUGGCACAGCUGGCAGGCCUGGCAACCUUGUGUUGCUCCAGUUUUUGGUGGGCCUGAAGCAGGCGGCCGACGAUGAACUGGUGGCAGAUCUGGUGGUGAAUGUGCUGAAAGCUAGCCCCGAUAUUCUGCCCAGAUACUUCAAGGAGACUCAGCAUGCCUACACCCCACGCCUCAAAACCUCUUGGCAAGACAAUAUGACGUUCCUUAAAAAGAUCUACGAGGCCCAGCCAGACAUUGCCACAGUCUUUCAAAGUCGUGAGGUCAUCCCUCUGCCGCGCCUGCUCUCCAUGAUGAUGGUGAUAUCACUUCCUCCAGUCUGUAACAAGGCCUUCUUCGCACAGGGCCUUACUCUCGCCAACACAGCAGCGCACAUUACAACCCUGUCAGUGUCCAGUUUCAUCUUGAAAAGAGCCAGUAAGAACAUCGAGUAUCUUUUGGAUAAGUCUGUGUGGUACAGCUCUGAUGUGUACUCCGCUGAGAUGAUGGAGGAGUUAGUGCAGCAGUACAGGGAGACGCUCAGCAAGAUUUUGCCUGACAUGACGAGCAUAAUUGAAAAGUGGCAGUCGCUCAGCAAGAAGGAAAAGACCGGUGCUGCAGAAAAAAGCAAAAGGAGUGCUAAACCAGCUGAAAACAAAGUGCCUGCUGAAGAUACAGCUGAGGUCAUUCUGCUGAAGACUCUGAUUCUUCAGGUCAUGUGCCUUUACCAGAAGGUGGUGCCACAUCUGGUUAGCCAGUGCAAAUUUGACUUCAGCAAGCUCCUAAAGGGCAUUGUGUCAGAGACAGGAAUGAGGGAAGAAGUUCCCCCAGUUUUGCAGCACCACAUCCUACAGUUAGCCUUGGAUCUUCCUGCAAGCAAAUUCUCCUGGUUCCGCAUGCAGGGUGUCGCAGAUAAAGCGUCUUCGUGCGGAGAGAAAUCGGUAUUUUACCUGCUUCUCAAGAUGUUUGUCAGCAGCAGCAGCAGCAGCAGCCGCCUGAAGGCCUCCACACAGAUGCUUGUUCUGAAAGUACUGAAGGACACUGGCGUGUUUGAGCACACCUGGGCUGAGCUUGACCUCUGGCUUGAACAGCUGGCCAGACUCGAACCAAACCAGCAAGAGCCUGUUAUUCAGUUCUUGGAGCGGGUGUUGGUUAAGCUGGUGUGCACUUCCUACGAAUACACGGAUAAAGUGGCCAGCCUGGUCCAGGAGGCGGGUUAUCUGCAAGCUAACCUGAGCAGCCAGGAGGGCGACACAGCCAGCGUCCCAGUUUCUCACAUAGAUGAUGUCAUAGACAUGCUGGAUGUCAUUAUGGAGGGCAGCGACGGUGAGCUGGAGGAGUUCAGCACAUCUAUAAAUGAAGACCUCGUUAUCCAGACCUUUCCCUUCAGCGCUCUGGUACCUGCUGCUCUGGAGGCCCGAAACAAGCUGCCAGCAGAUGGCGGGAUGGUGUACGAAUACUUGGCCGCGGUACUCUCCGACGUACUGCACAGUCAGAGAGAGCCGCUCCCUCUCUGUCUGGCUCUGCUGCAGUACGAUAAAGAGUUUCUCUCCUCUCACUGCUCUGCUUCUCCUCAUUCAUCCAUCAUAUGUUUUCAUCAGUAUUACUCCAAGUGGCUACCGCAGCAGUGCCGUGAAGAACUGUUCCAGUCUCCUGAAUGCCACGCUAAGGGAUUGUCAGACCAAGCUUCAUACACGGCACUGAUGAAAGAUGCCUUCAUCCAAGGUCCAAACGCACUACUUAAGGAAUCCUUCAGGAAAAAUGCAGAGGAAGCUCUGGCUUCCGUUCCUGUGGCUGAGUUUCCAGUUGCAAUCAAGCAGAUAUUACUCUACAUUAAAUCAACUGUGGAAAACCUUGGCACGUUCUCUAAAGACGUAGGAGCUGCCCUGUUGAAGACCUUUGUGGAAAUACUCAAAGAGAUGGUAACCAAGCUCCGAGGCGUUCAAGAGGCAAAAACCUCCGAGCCAGCGGCAGAGAUAUCCCAAGAAGGAUCGGACCUCUUUCUGGAACUCACCCAGUCAUCCCCAGUAGAAGCCGACACAAGACAGAUCCUUCUUUCAGCUCUUGGCUCCAUCUUCAAGCAUCCAUGUUUGGAGCAGUGGUUUCUGGCUCUGGAGCUAUCUUCCGUGCCUCCUCACUCUCUGAACCCCGUCAGACUAAAGCACUUGUGUGCACUGCUGACAGAUAAUAUUCUGGUCCUGCUGAAGCUCUGCGCUCCUAUUCUUCAUGAACUGAAUCACAUGGAGCUCCUGAGUAGCUAUAUGGGAGCUUUAGAAAGAGCUGCUCAUAAGGAACUGACUGAGAAGAGUUCUCAACCGGCAAAGAAACACUCCAGAACUUUCCAGGCCCUCCUGGCUCUGCACAACUAUAUGGAUUUCAGUAAUUUGAGGGAGGUUGCCUCCAAGUUGCUACUCCUCCCACAUAACAGCCUCAUCUCCCCCAGCAGCAAGGGGACGAACUCUGAGCUCAGCAUAUACGGUCAGGCAGCACUGCAGAUCCUCACAGAGUGCAAAUAUACCGCCUCCCGGGACCACGGCACCUUUCUGACACAGGCACACCUCCGUGGUAUCGGCACCCUUCUGCUGUCCUGUUCCAACCCUGCACUGGAGGCCUUCUUUCUCCGGUUUCUAGCUAGUGAGCCAGACAGUGCGAAGCUCAUCCACACAGAUGUGCUGUUGCACUGCCUCCAGAGGCCCCUCUCAGACUCUCUGGCUAUCAGCUCCCUCCUGCUGCAGAACAGCUCCACUCACCGGCUCCGCUUUGAGGUGUGGUGCCUCGAACCUGAAAACAUGGAGAAGCUCUCUGACCAAUCAGAAGCCUUCCUUCCACUGAUUAAUACAUACUUGCGAGUGGCAAGCAGAGAGGACCCAGCCAGACCCAAUGAUGUACAAAAAGACAUUUUGAGAGCCUUGAAGCAAGCGCUGUUUGCCAGAUUCUCCCAGUGUGUUCUGGGAAAUCUGACAGGGGAGUCCGGAUCCCAGCUUGCAGAAACUUUAGCCAGCUUGAUAAAGCUCUCUGCAACCAUCACGGACAUCAGGGAUUUGAUCAGCGGUCUUCCCAGUGCUCUUCAAAAUAUGGACAGUUUUGAAAGAUGGCAGCUAGUAGAUAUCAUCAGUGAGAAGCUCGCCGAGUGCCCGGAGGAACAGGAAAAAUGGAGGAAGUCUGUCGCAGCUGCAGCUAUCAAGUAUCUCACUGCCUCUUACAGUCGCUUUAAAGAACCGGCGGCGUCCCCCUCAGAGCAGGAGCAGAGCCUCUUAAAAAGACUACAGCGAGUCCUCACAUCCGCUGACGACAUCACUGCAUCUGAGUGGAACAGUUUUGUCAAAAAUGGACUGAAAUAUCGCUACAGAGAUCACCCCUUCCUGAGCACUCUGAGCGCCCUGCUGGAGCCGAUGUACGGUGGCAGCGCGGGUCAAAAGGACCUGAUGCCGUUAUCCACUCUUCACAUGAUGAUCUGCAGCCACUCCCUGUUCCUGCCCACCAUGCUGGACUCUGAUGAAGAGCCUGGCAGGUGUCAGAGUAAAGAAAAGUUAGUGUUCCUCCUCCUCUGCGUGGUGAAGAAAUGUCCCGCUGUCUGCAGCAUCAGUCACUUCGUUGUCCUGUUGGGAGCAUACGGAGCUACGCUGAGCACUUCAGAUCAGAAUUUGUUACUGCUUCUUCAGGAAUAUGAAAAACACCAAGUCAGCCUACUGAAGUUCCAGUCAUUGUCGUGGGGCCCGGCAGCUGUGGAGUACCACAAGACCAGUAAAAGCCUGGGAGCGUCUCUGUGGAAGCAGACGAGCUCCGAUGACCUGCUGGCGCUGCUGAAGCCUGACAGGAUGCUGCAGACCGUUGCACAGUUUCCACAGCAGCGCAGAAUCAUCCUGCAGGAAAGCCCAGAGCCUCUCUUCAAUAAUAAUGCAGUGAAGGACCUUGGGAAUUUGUAUGAUCCAUGUUUUCUGUUGCCGCUGUUCAGCGCCAUACUGCGGCCAGAACGCGUCAUCGACUGCCUCAAGUUUGUAUCCAGCCAUGCUCUCGGAGUAACUGUGAUGGCUCUGAGCAGCUAUGAUCCAAAGAUGAGAGCAGCAGCGUACCACGUGCUCAGCUGCUUCUACCCACACCUGGAGGGUGCUCGGUUCAGAGAGAAGAGACAGCUGCUUUAUUUGAUGGACGUGGUCAAAAAUGGAAUUCAGCAGCAGAAUCAGAGACUCCCGUUUGUCAUGACCACGUACAUCGCCAAAGCGGCGCAGCAGAUGCUCAAACCCGAGGACCACAUGUACGUGGUGCUGAACAGAUUUCUGCUAUCCCAUCAGAGUCUGCACUUCAGAAGAGUCCCUGAGUUUUUUAAGCUUUUUUACAGCUUCGACUUGGAGCACAAGGUGGAGCGUGAGUGGAUUCUGACUGUACUGGAGCAAGGGAUGAAUGAUGGACACUGCUAUGACCUGUGCAACCAACAAGGCAUCUUUCAGAUCCUUUUAGGCUACAGCAGCAGCCCACUGUGUGAUGAACACUUCCAGGCACAGAUCAUCAGAGUGUUGUGUCAGGCUGCCCGUGUGACCAAAGCAGCUUAUAACCUCACCAAGACCUCUGGGCUCCUAACCUGGAUAAUGCAAGUAGUUGAAAAAAGGAAUCUAGAUCGGCAGCUGCUGUGCGCCAUCAUCGAUCUGUUUCACGUGCUGUGGUUUACGACCCUCGGGCAGAAGGAGGAGCAGGUGACCUCCUUACCUGCUAAGGAGAAACCUCAGAGCCUGGUGAAGUGUCUCCCUCUCCCACUCAUCAGUGAAUUCUUAUGUGUGGCAUCAACUAUCAACAGUCAUCUCAGGUUGGGUUUGAAGGCCGCUCAGCUCGGCCUGUUUCUGCAGACCCUUUGCUCCGUGCUGAAGCAUCGCACAACAGUUCUCCAUGUGAACAAACAGGCCGACCGGCUCACACUCCACCCACAGCCUCUGUCCUGCACCGAAGCCCUCGCUCUGCUUCACUGCUGGGCCUCCUUGUCCCACAAUGCAGCGCUCCUUACCCAAAUUCAAGGCUUGGCACAAAAGCACAAAGUGAAGGAGCUGAUGGGGGCGGGAAAGGAUAAGGCCCGGGUUAAGAGCUCUGCUUCCCACACCUACAUACGAAAAGAGAAGCCGGCAGAAGACACAGAGACUGAAACUGAAGACGAGUGUCUUCUGGCGGAGUGUAAACCUCACCUCACCGGUAUCUUUGUUCACUGUGAGCCUGUUUUCCAACUCUCUGAACCACAGCCGGCUCUGCCAGCAGACAUGCUGGAUCCUAGUUCGCUGGCCGGCGAUACUGCGCACCUGCUUACAAAGUGGUCCCUGAGGUGUUUGGUGGAGGACUCGUAUGAUGAAAACAGGGCAAAAGGAUUCCUGCAGUGGCUUGAAAAAGCUGUGAUCAAACACAGAAAAAUUGUGGAUCUUGUUCUGCUUGAUCUUGGCUUGAAAGCAGACCUCCUCCGGCUCUACCAUCAGACCUUUGAAGCUCAGUGUCACUCCAGCAUCUCAGCAAGAGCAGAAACCUUCCAGCUUUUCACCAAGAUUAUGAUUUGCUUACUGGAGAUCCGAGGUAACCUUCCAGAGCUACAUCGGGCAAUCGUCUCCGCCUGCAUCCCAGAGGCCACACAUCAUCAGACUAGACUUGAAGCAGGAUUGUGUCUGUUGUCUCUGUACGUCCAUGAAGUGUGGAGCGGAGCCACGUCAGCUGAUCUCUUCCUGUCACAUGUCAGUUUGGUAACCAGAUCCAAGCGCAAGAACCAGAAAUCCUCACAGCUGGAAGAGGACAUCAGAGCCAUCUGUAAUGACAUCAUCAUCACCACGAAGAGUAAAGAUCAUAUCUGAACACAAAGUGUUCAUUAAAGUAGACCAAACGUUACAGACUUCUGUUCAGCUGCAUUCUUUAGUUCUUUUAAAUAAAAUGGUUUGUAAACAUGUGUA